GGGAAGAUGGUGCCCGUGGGCUUGUCUGGUGCGGCCGCUUGGGUCCCUUGGCGGAGCUGGGGUUGGACGGCCGCGUACUUCCGUUCCCAGCGUGGCCUCUGCGCGGCGCUUGCACGGAAGCCCCAGCGGGCGCCCUGGUGGCCCCCAGCUUGCAGACAAAAGACAUCACUCUCUUUCCUUAAUCGACCAGAACUUCCAAGCCUGGCUUACAAGAAGCUAAAAGGCAAAAGCCCAGGAAUUAUCUUCAUCCCUGGCUAUCUUUCUGAUAUGAAUGGUACAAAAGCAUUGGCGAUUGAGGAGUUUUGCAAAUCUCUAGGUCACGCCUAUAUAAGGUUUGAUUACUCAGGGGUUGGAAAUUCUGAUGGCAACGUAAAAGAAUGCACAGUGGGAAAAUGGAGAAAAGAUGUACUUUCUAUUAUUGACAACAUAGCUGAAGGACCACAGAUACUAGUUGGAUCUAGCCUUGGUGGGUGGCUCAUGCUUCAUGCUGCAGUUGCGCGGCCAGAAAAGGUCAUGGCUCUUGUGGGCGUGUCUACUGCUGCAGAUGGCAUAGUGACAAAGUUUCAUCAGCUGCCUCUUGAGGUACAAAAGGAAAUAGAGAUAAAAGGAGUGUGGUCCGUACCAUCAAAAUACAGUGAAGAAGGAUAUUACAACAUUGAGUACAGUUUCAUUAAGGAAGCAGAGCAUCACUGCUUAUUACACAGCCCCAUUCCUGUGACCUGCCCUGUAAGGCUGCUGCACGGCUUGAAGGAUGACGUCGUCUCUUGGCACACCUCCCUCCAGGUUGCUGAUCGAGUAAUCAGCAAAGACGUCGAUGUCAUCCUCCGGAAAGAUAGUGAGCACCGAAUGAAGGAAAAAGCAGACAUACAACUUAUUGUUUAUACUAUCGAUGACUUAAUUGAUAAACUUUCAACUGCAGCUGACUAGAAUCACAUUUUUGAUUGAUAUAUACAUUAAUGUAUCCAGAAGAUUGACAGAGGGAUAGCAGAUCAAAGACCCUGGUAUUUUAGGUUUUUUUUCCCUCCCACUUGUGUUUUGUAAAUAUCAGAUAAGUAUUUAUUUAAUGAUGUGUUUGCACAAAUAAUAGAAAUUAUGACAAAAGUAAUGCUACUAUUUGUAAAAUUUUCUUUAGUCUUUGAUAUUUUUCCUCAUUAAAAUAGUACCUAUUUUUUUAUUCAAGAAAUGUUUGCCUUAUGUAUAUGUUAGCUGUGCUAGAUCUUAAUUGUAUUACCUCGUACUUAGGAAUUAUAAUAAAGCUUGGCUAUUCUGGGCUUUGUUUGGUACCAUUA